AUGCAGGAUAGUCGGUCAUAUCGAAGUGCGGGUAGUGAACGCUCCGACGAGAUGUCGCUGAGGUCAAUGAGGCGUUCGGGUCUGAUGUACAAGCGCGAAAAAAUGCCCGUCUCCGUUGGCAUAAUCACCGUGAUGCUUUUCAUUGCCGGUGGUGCCAUUUUAUUUGCUGUCUGGGAAGACUGGAAUUUUUUCGACGGCGCAUAUUAUUCAUUCAUCACGCUGAGGUUUACUAUUUGGGUUGCUGAUUGCCAGUAA